AUGUCAUCAGCGACAACAACCAAAGAACAGAAAGCAUUCACCCAGUGGACUCUCCCCGCCUCGUGGUACCAUUCGACCCAGCUCUAUGAAGCGGAACGGCGUGCUAUAUUCUCCCAGAAAUGGCUGCAGAUCACCCAUGCAAACCGCUUCACCGAUCCGGGAGAUUUUGCGAGUUAUGAAAUGGCUGGGUAUCCUUUCUUCAUCAUUAAAGGUCGCAGCGGUGAAUUGAGAGCGUUCCACAAUGUCUGCCGACAUAGGGCUUUUCCUGUUGUGAAAGGGAAGUCCGGGAAGGGUAAGAAGAUUCUUUCGUGUGGAUAUCACGGUUGGUCCUACGGCUUGAAUGGCAAACUUGCCAAAGCUCCCCGGUUCCAAAAUUUACCCGAUUUCAAUGCGGAAAACUAUUCUCUAUUCCCCAUCCAUCUCCAUAUCGACCGAUGCGGCUUUGUCUGGGUAAAUCUAGACGCUCAAGACGUCCCGUCCGUGUCAUGGGACGAGCAAUGCGGGGCAGUCGAUGCUCAAGAGCGGCUUGGUGUUUUCGAAAUGGAGAAGUAUUCGUACCAUCACUCAUGGGAAUUCGAGGCAGAGUACAAUUGGAAGACGAUGGUUGACAACUACAACGAGUGCUACCACUGCCCCGUCGCCCAUCCCGGCAUCGCGGCAACCACAGACCUAAAAAACUACAGCGUGGCCACUGAACAGGGCUUCAUCGCGCACUUCGCGCGCCCCAAGCCCGAAUACGCUGCGGAUAACAACUCGAACGUGGCCCCGACCUACGUCUUCCCCAGCUCCGCCAUCACUAUCAACUCCGUCUACCUGUACCUCACGCGCUGCGUGCCGCUGGGCGCCACCAGCGUGCGCAUGGAGUACGAAAUCUACCGCCACGCCGGGUGCGCGGACGAGGAGUUCGCAGCGAUGGACGCAUUCAUGAAGCAGAUCGAAGAGGAGGACCGCGUGCUGUGCUCGCUGGUGCAGGCGAAUUUGAACGUGGGCGUGUAUCGGAGCGGGCCGCUACAUCCGCGUGAGGAGAUGGGGGUGGCAUAUGUGAAGGGCCUGGUCAAGCGAGCCGUCAUGGCGCAUGUGCAGCGGGAGAAGGAGGCUGGUGUUGAGAUAUGGCCGGCUGCGGUGGGGAGGGAGGAUGGGGCGCCGAACCCGGAGGCCGAGGAAGAAGAGGCGUUUUGUAAAACGCUGUGCAAUGGGGGGUCUUUGGAAGAGUUGUCUUGGCAAACCAAAGAAAGAUCAAAGGCCUUAACCUUCCCAAACCACCUGAUUGGUCCCCCUUGGCGCAAGCUUGUCGGCGCUCCGGCUUGGCCACCCGUUCGUUCACGAUGGAUCGAACCCGCAGCGGACUGUGCAAGGGGAGGCUUGCAUCCGCGGCUAACGAGCGUGUUUGAUUGGACAAAGAGUGUACGGGAGGUAUAUACAGUUCGAGGUCAGGACACUCAGAGAAGGCGAAAGACAGGUUAG